AUGACAGGGUUUGGGGUCCUCACGCUGCUGCUGCCCGUCCUGCUGGGCUGGGCCAGCUGCCACCCUGUCCCUGGAAGGAAGAACUUCAACAAGCUGCUGCUGAUCUCCUUCGAUGGCUUCCGCUGGAACUAUGACCAGGAUGUGGACACCCCCAACAUGGACCGCCUGGCCCAGGAGGGCGUGAAGGCCAAGUACCUCACACCACCCUUCGUGACAAUGACGUCCCCAUCUCACUUCACCACCAUCUCAGGUCGCUGGAUUGAAGAUCAUGGAGUCAUUCACAACAUGAUGUUUAACACAGAGACACGCUGGAAGUACUCCUUCAAGACCACACAGAAUAAGACUGAAUGGUGGGACAAUGGUGUUCUCCCCCUCUGGAUCACAGCCCAGAGACAGGGGAGGAAGACAGCAUCAUUCCACUAUCCUGGGGGAGGUGCAAAGUACAAAGGGGAGGCUGUCCAGCGGUCCCUGGUGGAGUCUCACACUCACCCAGACAGCAAUGAGACAGAGUGGAGGGAGAACAUAGAUAUUGUCAUGAACUGGUUCACCAAGGAAGACUUUGAUUUUGUGACUCUGUACUAUGGAGAGCCAGAUAACGUGGGACACAAAUUUGGGCCUGAGACGGAGAACAGAAGGGUGAUGAUUCAGCAAAUUGACAGAACCAUCGGGUACCUGGUGGAAGCCAUUAAAAGGCACAGCUUGACCAAGCACCUCAAUGUCAUCAUCACAUCAGACCAUGGCAUGACCACAGUAAAAAAGAGCCCCAAUGUCACUGAGAUCCUCUUGACAAACUACAUCAAGUUCAAGGACUUGGUCAAGUUUGAUAUCGUGGACUAUGGUGGCUUUGGGAUGAUCCUGCCCAAACCAGGGAAAGAGGAAGCUGUUUACCAAGCACUGAAGAAUGCACAUCCUCACCUCAAUGUGUACAAGAAGGAGGAAUUCCCAGAACGCUUCCAUUUUGCUAAACACAAGCGGGUGCUGCCAAUUGUGAUGUACGCUGACUCUGGUUAUAACAUCAAUGGGCAACUAAUAAUAUAUUUCAACAAAGGAGAUCAUGGCUUUGAUAAUGUCUACAUGGACAUGAAGACCAUAUUCAGAGCUUUUGGGCCAGAUUUCAAAAAGAAUCACCUAGCUGAGCCUUUUGACAGCAUCCACAUCUACCCACUCAUGUGUAAGCUCCUGGGGGUUACCCCUGAACCCCAUAACGGCUCCCUGGCAGUCACCCAGGAAAUGCUUGUGCAACACGAGCACAAUGAGCAGCAGCAGCCAGGAGCAGAGACACAGAAGACAUUCCCUCUCCAGAAGAUAGCGUUUGGCCUCGGGAUUGUGACAGGAGUUCUUGCCGUUCUGUGUGUUGCUAGUGUGAUAUACACAGUCAUUCGUCGGAAAAAGAAGCAGAGAGCUGAUCAAAUGAGCAAAAGUGGACCAAUCGGCCUGGCCCAGUUCUGAAGCAUCACUCCCUUAAGACCAAGCCUUGGCCUUGGUUAAGGGUCAUCAUAUCUCAGAUGAUUCUACCUCAGGAUACCGUGAGGAAGAGGAUUUCUGCAACAUCAGACCCAGAAACCAUUAAUUCCGUGUAAAAACACAUCAAUAAUCACGGCCCACCCUCUUGAUUUAAAUCAACAGUGUGGAGAGAAUAAGACAAACCGUUCCUGUGUCAGAUCCUGUGCUCACUUGGUACUGGUGGAAGAACAGAUAUGAGAAUAAAUGCAUUCCAUUAGAAUUAAUUCUUCUCUCUUGUUCUCUUAGCUGAGCAGGGCUCAGUGUUUCUCAUCUGAAAGGGGUAAUAAGAUUUAAUCUGUCCCCUCAUCUACCUUCUGCAAGUAUAUUUAGCAAAUUAGCUCUCAAGACUCUUCCAAAUGGAGUUUUAUGAGAGAUGUGCUAAAGUAAAUGUGUUAGACUUUGAACACAGUUCAAACUCCAGAGGCAGCACCGGUGGGUUGCUGCCUAUCCUGCCUCUCACUCAAGACAUAAUAACGUCUAAUGGAAAUAAUAAUUUUUUUUUCUUUUCUUCCCCCUCCUCAACCACCCCCAGGAACUUUCUUACUCUUCAGAUUCCUUUCCCUACAAAGUCAAAACUCCUGCUGUAAGUCCUCCUAGUUCCUGGAGCUCGCCUGCACGCUUGCUUCCCCCUGAGCCCCUGAAGGGCAGGGACCACACCUGGGUUUCCCUCACCGGGCACACAGUAGGUGCUUAAUAAGUGGUGAAAACAAGGCUGG